UAUAGAUAGGAUAUACAACCUUCAUGAUCUCAUAUCAAAAUCUCUCUCUCUCUCUCUUACCCCCACGCUAUGGAUUUCUUGGAAGCUAUUUGGGGAUUAGAGCGGUUAAUGGAGAUUCGGGUACCCUUAAUAAGGCUACUUGGUCCUUGUCUCCUUUCCUUAGCCAUUUUCCCCAUAGGAUUCCUAGUUUACUUCUAUGCACCCUAUUGGAGAGUGAGAAAGAUCCCUGGACCUCCCACAAAAUUCCUUUUAGGCCAUCUUCCCUUGAUGGCAAAGCAUGGACCGGAUGUCUUGAUACCCCUUGCUCACAAAUAUGGAUCAAUGUUUAGGUUCCACUUGGGGAGGCAACCUAUUGUGAUAAUAAGUGAUCCAGAAUUAUGCAGAGAAGUGGGAAUCAAGAAGUUCAAGAUCAUUAACAACAGGAGCAUCCGUUCUCCAACAACUGAAUCCCCUCUCCAUGAAGAGGGUAUCUUUCUCUCAAGAGACUCUAGCUGGUCGUCGAAGCGAAACACAGUCGUCUCAGUUUACCAACCCUCUCACCUCGCCAAUUUAAUCCCUAUCAUAUAUUCUCAUCUUGAAUCUCUAAUAUCCAACAUCUCCUCAUCAAAAGAAGACAUACAAUUCUCUCAGCUCUGCACUAAAUGGGCUAUUGAUGUAAUAGGAGACACUGCCUUUGGCGUCCAAUUUGGCCUCUCAAAUGUAGGAGUCACCAAUACCAAUGAUAAUAACGAUGACAAGGAUGAAGAAACGUUUGCUUGUCUUUCGAAGGGAAAUUCUUAUGAUAAAGAUGAGGUCUCUGAGUUUCUCAAACUACAUGCUUUGUCUAUUGAUUCAUUGAAAAUGGGGCUUGGUAGCUCAUUUUCAACUAUAAUUGGCAUAAUUGCCCCUUUUCUUCAAGUACCAUGCAGAGAAAUUCUAAGGAGAAUCCCUGGAACUGCUGAUUACAGAAUGCAUGAUGCAAAUAGAAAACUUUCAGGAAAACUCGAUGAGAUUAUAAAAAAGAGAGUGAUCGAGAAGACACUGAAGUCUAAAGAUUUUUUGGCUGCUAUACUCAAUGCUAGAGAGUCAGGAAAAGAACAAAUUGAUAAUACGAGUAUUAGUGCACUUGCUUAUGAGCAUCUUCUUGCUGGAUCGAAGACUACAAAUUUUACUCUGGUGAUGGUUGUGUAUCUAGUUUCGAACCAUCCUGAGGUUGAGAAGAAGCUGCUUCAGGAGAUUGAUGAUGCUCUUCCUCGUGAUGUGAUCCCUACUGCUGAUGAUCUGAAGUUUAAAUUUCCUUAUCUUGAUCAGGUGGUAAAAGAGACGAUGAGGUAUCGCACAGUGUCGCCAGUGGUUGCCAGGGAAACAUCUACACAAGUCGAAGUUGGAGGUUAUAUUCUACCAAAGGGAACUUGGAUUUGGCUUGCCAUAGGAGUUCUGGCAAAAGAUCCUAAACAAUUCCCUGAACCAGAAGAAUUUAAACCAGAGAGAUUCGAUCCAAAUUGUGACGAAGAAAAACAAAGGCAUCCAUAUGCUAACAUUCCCUUUGGAAUAGGACCGAGAACUUGUGUAGCACAAAAGUUUGCGAUACUAGAGAUCAAGCUAGCACUUAUUCGACUCUAUCGAUCUUAUAUCUUCAAGCACUCUCCUAAGAUGCAAUCGCCUUUGGAAUAUAAGUACGGACUCGUUCUUGAAUUCAAGAAUGGUGUCAAGCUCCGAGCGAUUAAGAGAGAUGUGUAAGUCCUAGGAUGUGUUGUAUAAAGUUCUUGAAAUAAUAUAGCUAUACCAUGGAAGAAAAAUAUAGGGUUAAAAGAUCCCUUGUAGCUCUAUUGCUGCUGAUAAACCCCCUCCAGUGAAUUUUUUUUCAGUCCUUUACCUUCUCAGAGG